CUGCCCCCAACCCAGCUCGUUACCCCAGGGGUGAGCCCCGCCGUGUCUGUGGCCCUCUCUUAAUGCCACGGCAGCCUCUCUUCCUGGGCUGGCCAGAGGGCCCCUCACUGGCCCGACUGGAGGCUGGGUGGUCGGCCCUGCCCCCAACAUUCUGGCUCCACUGGGAGGGACAGUCUGGAGGGCCCCAGACAUGCUGCCCACCCCCCACCGACAGUGCAAUGCCUGGUGGUGUCUGCCCUUCAGUUACUGGUUGGUCUUCUUCCCAAAGCAAGCACCUGGGUGUGCUCCAGGCCUCCUGCUCUAGCAGUUUGCCUCUGCACGUGCACACUUCUGCACACCCCCGCACACUUCUGCACACCCUUGCACACUCCCGCACACACCUGCACACCAUCCCUCUCCCCAUACAAGCCAGGACACUGCCUUUGCUGCUGUCUGUCUCUUGCAUAAGCCUCGGUCCUGGCCCUUUCACCUCCUUUCCACCAACUCUCUCUGCCCCCAAAAGUGUCAAGGGGCCCGAGGAACCUCGAAGCUGUUCUCUGCUUUUCCAUUCUGGGUGUUUUCAGAAAGAUGAAGAAAACAUGUCUGUGAACUUGAUGUUCCUGGGAUGUUUAAUCAAGAGAGACAAAAUUGCUGAGGAGCUCAGGGCUGGAUUGGCAGGUGUGGGCUCCCACGCCCUCCUCCCUCCACUAAGGCUUCCGGCUGAGCUGUGCCAGCUGCUUCUGCCCACCCCGCCUUUGGGCUCACGCUGGCCCUGGCGGCCAAGCCUGCCCCGGCCACUCCAUCUGCUAGCCAGGACCUCUGGGGGUUGUGGGAGGACGGGGCCCAGUCAGGCCCGAGGGUCCCAAGGUGUGAAGGGGUGUCCAGAGGAGGUGCCUGGGCAGGGGCUGCUCCGCCACAUCCCCUGCGCCUGUGCCAUGCGCUCUGCAUGCUCUCUGCCUGUGCCCGCUGCACUGCCCUGCAAACCGUGAGGUCACAAUAAAGUGUAUUUUUUUAUUGGUGCUGA